AUGGGCUCUCUGACUAAACAAGCUGAAGCAACUGGUGCUACAGACUGGAAAAAAAAAUUGACUCCAGAGCAAUUCUAUGUUCCAAGAGAAAAAGGAACCAAACCACCACUUAGUGGGAUCUAUCUGAAUAACACAGAAUCAGGAAUAUACUACUGCGUGUGCUGCAAUGCCCCACUAUUCAGGUCAGAAAAGAAGUAUAAUUCUGGGACUGGAUGGCUGUUGUUUUCUGAGGCUUAUGAUAGUUGUGGCAGAGAUAUCUGA